AUGUGCGGUGGCAGUCUUUGCCCCAGCGGGUCACCUGCUUCCUCAGCGGGUCCCGCAGCGCCGGACAGCACAGUGGGAUCCCAAAACAAAGGCGGUGGGCCCCCGGAGCCAGCACCCCCGGCUCAGUCUUCCGUCCAGGACUCUGUCGUCGUCCCCGAGCGCGAAGACAUGCCGGAGUUUGUGGUGACGGCGCUGUUGGCGCCCUCACGCCUCUCGCUGAAGUUGCUGCGAGCUUUAGUGAUGAGCCUGGUGUAUUUGGCUGCCUUGGUGGCCGCGGUCAUCUACAGCUGCAUCGCGCUCACCAACGUGCUGUGCCGCCCCCGCCGGGGCUGUCGCGGCCGCCAGCGGUUGUCGGUGCCGGACUGCCUAAGAGACCCCACUCUGGGCCAGCACUGCUUUCUGACCCUUAGGAGUUCGGGUCUGCGGCUUCACUAUGUCUCCGCUGGUCGUGGCAAUGGGCCCCUCAUGCUGUUUCUGCAUGGCUUCCCAGAAAACUGGUUCUCCUGGCGCCACCAGCUUCGGGAGUUUCAGAGCCGUUUCCAUGUGGUAGCUGUUGACCUGCGUGGUUAUGGCCCCUCUGAUGCUCCAAAGGAUGUGGAUUGUUAUACUGUUGACCUGCUGUUGGCUGAUAUCAAAGAUGUCAUUCUAGGCCUGGGGUACUCCAAGUGUAUCCUUGUGAGCCAUGACUGGGGGGCUGUUCUUGCCUGGAAUUUUUCCAUCUACUUCCCGUCUCUAGUGGAGCGGAUGGUUGUGGUCAGUGGACCUCCUAUGUCGGUGUUCCAAGAAUACUCAACCCGUCACAUUGGCCAGUUAUUCCGAUCAAACUACAUGUUCCUGUUCCAGCUCCCCUGGCUGCCAGAGACGUUAUUAUCUUUGUCCGACUUCCAGAUUUUAAAAGCCGUUUUCACUGACCGCAAGACGGGCAUCCCGCGUCUCACCCCUUGUGAACUCGAAGCUUUCCUUUAUCACUUCUCACAACCUGGAGGCCUCACUGGGCCCAUCAACUACUAUCGGAACGUGUUCAGGAACUUCCCCCUGGAGCCCCAAGAACUGUCCACGCCCACACUGCUGCUGUGGGGGGAGAAAGACCACACCUUACAGCAGGGGCUUGUGGGAGCCAUUGGUAGUCGCUUUGUGCCGGGUCGGCUGGAAAGCCACAUCCUGCCAGGCAGUGGGCAUUGGAUUCCACAGAGCCAUCCUCAGGAGAUGCAUCAGUACAUGUGGGCCUUCUUGCAAGACCUGCUGGAUGAGUAG